AUGGAUUAUUCAUUGAUCUCAAAGAGGAAAUGUUGGGUUACAUUCAUAUAUAUGGUUAUUGUUUUGACUGCUUGCAAUGGCUUUUACCUGCCUGGAAGCUACAUGCACACGUAUUCAAAGGGUGAAGAAAUCUAUGCCAAAGUGAAUUCUCUGACCUCUAUCGAGACAGAGCUUCCCUUCAGCUAUUACAGUCUCCCUUACUGCGAACCGUUUGGGGGAAUAAAGAAAAGUGCUGAGAAUCUCGGAGAACUUCUUAUGGGAGACCAGAUUGACAACUCUCCGUAUCGUUUCCGAAUGAACGUUAAUGAGUCCGUAUUCAUCUGCACUACACCUGCCCUAAGUGAGCAUGAGGUAAAACUCUUGAAACAGAGAACUCGUGAUCUGUAUCAAGUAAAUAUGAUUUUGGAUAACUUGCCAGCCAUGAGGUAUGCCCAUCAAAAUGGAGUUAAAAUUCAAUGGACUGGAUUUCCUGUUGGAUAUACUCCGCCUAACAGCAACGAUGAUUACAUCAUCAAUCACCUCAAGUUCAUAGUUAAGUUUCAUGAGUAUGAAGGGACUGGUGUAGAGAUACUUGGUACUGGGGAAGAGGGUAUGGGUGUAAUUUCGGAAGCUGAGAAAAAAAAGGCUUCUGGAUACGAGAUAGUUGGUUUUGAGGUUGAACCUUGCAGUGUCAAAUAUGACCCUGAAUCAGCAAAACUUCAUAUGUACGACAGUGUCAAGUCUGUGAGUUGCCCAUUGGAACUCGACAAAUCUCAGAUCAUAAGGGAGCGAGAGAGGGUAUCAUUCACCUAUGAGGUUGAAUUUGUAAAGAGUGACAUUAGAUGGCCAUCUCGAUGGGAUGCGUACCUGAGGAUGGAGGGUGCCCGUGUUCACUGGUUCUCCAUCUUAAACUCCCUAAUGGUAAUCUUUUUCUUAGCUGGCAUUGUUUUCGUUAUAUUUUUACGGACUGUGAGAAGGGAUUUGACAAGGUACGAGGAACUUGACAAGGAAGCUCAAGCACAGAUGAAUGAAGAGCUUUCUGGUUGGAAACUUGUUGUGGGGGAUGUUUUCAGAGAACCAAAUCACCCCAAGCUACUCUGUGUAAUGAUUGGAGAUGGUGUUCAAAUAACGGGAAUGGCUGUCGUCACUAUUGUUUUUGCUGCCUUUGGUUUCAUGUCACCAGCUUCUCGUGGAAUGUUAUUAACUGGUAUGAUAAUCCUUUAUCUCUUCCUAGGGACUGGUGCUGGUUAUGUAGGUGUUCGUCUAUGGAGAACAAUUAAGGGGACUUCAGAAGGUUGGAGGUCGGUUUCAUGGUCAAUUGCAUGCUUCUUCCCUGGAAUUGUUUUUGUUAUUCUCACAGCUCUAAAUUUCAUUCUCUGGGGAAGCAACAGUACCGGUGCUAUUCCCAUUUCCCUCUAUUUUAUCCUCAUUUUGCUCUGGUUCUGCGUUUCAGUACCACUCACCCUUUUGGGAGGUCUCUUAGGAACAAGACCUGAGCCCAUUCAAUACCCAGUGCGGACUAAUCAGAUCCCAAGAGAGAUCCCAGCACGAAAAUACCCAUCGUGGCUUCUUGUUUUGGGGGCUGGGACUCUUCCUUUCGGAACCCUCUUCAUUGAGCUCUUCUUCAUCCUUUCUAGCAUCUGGCUUGGGAGAUUCUAUUACGUGUUUGGAUUCCUCCUUGUUGUCCUUUUAUUGUUGGUUGUUGUGUGUGCUGAGGUGUCUGUGGUCCUGACCUACAUGCAUCUCUGUGUUGAGGAUUGGCAGUGGUGGUGGAAAGCGUUCUAUGCCUCCGGUUCUGUUGCGCUUUAUGUUUUCCUAUACUCCAUCAAUUACCUGGUUUUCGACCUUCAGAGUUUGAGCGGGCCCGUGUCGGCUACACUUUACCUUGGCUAUUCACUGAUAAUGGCGAUUGCAAUCAUGUUGUCUACUGGUACCAUUGGCUUCCUCACGUCGUUCUACUUCGUCCACUACCUGUUCUCCUCAGUCAAGAUUGAUUGAGGAAGUUACAUGCGCUAAUCUUCAUUAGCCUGCCGAAGUCUCGUGGUGCUAAAGGUAGAGUGAUGAAUCCAACUUUUUUGCUUUUUCUACUUAUGCCAUACGAUCAUGUUGCGCCACAUCAAGAGAUUGUUAUAAUUUCCUGUGUUUCACGAGGUUACGUGAUUUAGAUAGUAGCGAAGAUGUGAUUCAGUCUAUGUUAUUGUCACUAUGUCCUCCUGUCUUAAACUUUUGGCUUUGAACUAGUUGUAACUGAUAAUGGAUUGAACUUUUUUCUUUGUAUUC